UUCCGAUGCUGUUUAAUAAUAAUCUCAAUGCUGAGUUUAGGAACUUGACCAAUAACGAUUAUACAAUCGACUCUUUAAUUGGAGUAUUUGCUCAGGGUGGGGGUCUUUAGUGAUAGUCGAGUUCAGCUGUUGUACGUUAUCAGCUUGUUCUCAGUGUUGGUCCGUUGUAGUUUGUGUUUGGUUGUCAUGUUAUUUGAAUGAACACAGAAUGGAUAAGAAAGGUGCACCUAAGAGCAUUAAGCUACCAGAAGCCAUCAAAGUGUUUCGAAAUUUAACCAAUGCCAAGCGUUUUGCUAUUGAUAUUGGUGGUUCUCUUACCAAAAUUGCUUACUAUUCAACACUUUCUUACAGGCGAGCGAAUUAUUACUUGGACAAGGAAGUUUCCUCUUCUUCUGACGAUCAUGUUUAUGAAGUGUCAGAAACAGCCAGGCUCCAUUUUGUGAAAUUUGAGACCAAAUAUAUAGAACAAUGUUUAGACUUUAUUAAAUCCAAUCUAGUUGGUUCUAGAGAAUCGAUGGCUGGAAAAAUUAUAAAAGCAACUGGUGGAGGUGCAUUCAAACAUGCCAAUCUCAUUCAAGAAAAACUUGGACUCAAGCGAAAUACUAUCAUCUGUUCAUUGGUUAAGGGUAGAAAAGGAAGAUGAAAUGAGUUGCCUGAUAAAAGGAUGCAAUUUUCUUCUGAAAAAUAUCUCGGAUGAAGCUUUUACUUACCAUCGCCAUGCUAACCCUGAGUACGAGUUUCAGCUAGCUGAUCCUAACAUAUUCCCAUACAUGUUGGUUAAUAUUGGAUCGGGAGUAAGCAUUCUUAAGGUGGAAUCGGAAGAUAAAUAUGAAAGAAUCGGAGGCACAGCGACUGGAGGUGGUACCUUUUGGGGUUUGGGUUCACUCUUGACAAACGCAAAGGGUUUUGAUGAACUUCUUGACCUUGCAGAAGUAGGAGACCAUAGAAACACUGAUUUAUUAGUGGGUGAUAUUUAUGGAGGAGAUUAUCGAUCCCUUGGACUUGACAGCGAUCUCAUUGCCUCAUCUUUUGGAAAAAUUUGUGAUGCAUCCAGGAGUGGGAAAAAAAUGUCUUACAAAGAAGCUGAUUUGGCUAGAAGUUUGUUAUUCACCAUCAGUAAUGAUAUUGGUCAGAUUGCAUCAUUGUAUGCAAUGAGUCACAAUUUAAAUAAAGUAUAUUUUGGAGGUUAUUUUUUAAGAAAUCACCCAUUAAGUAUGCACACCGUUUCUUAUUCAAUUAACUACUGGUCUAAGGGAACUGUACAGAGUUUAUUCCUGAGGCAUGAAGGUUAUUUAGGUGCCAUCGGUGCAUUUCUUAAAGGCGCUGAGAUGUGCGGUGAAAACUAUUCUUGGCAAGAGAACUAUGCUGGUAGUUCAGGUUUAGAGCCAGUGCCAUCAUCCUGGCUGAACAGUACGGUACCUGUUGCUCAAUUGGAAUUGGAUAGAUGGGGUUCUCCCUUGGCCUACUGCCCCCUUCUCGCUGGAACCGAUUACAUUCCUGAUACAGUUGAUCUCAAUGCUGACCAUCAAGCUAGGGAUUAUUGGUUGGACUGUUUUGAAGAAUCAAUUGAUAAAUUUGUAUGUGCUGCCAUAGCUAGUCAAGCUGAUAAUGAGACAGCCGCUGAAAGAGCUAGUCAGUUCAAGGAAAAGUAUAUCAGAAGGCUACACCAGUUCAGAAAACAGCCUUUCUCCUAUGGAAAUCUGACUGUACGAAGUUUGCUGGAUACCAUUCAGCACUAUAUGAGGGAGUUUGAUUUUCCAGAUCCUUAUAUAUCUAUAAAGCAAAGUGAAAACGAAGCAGCUCUCUCCCAAUUGGCUGAACGAAUCAGUCACAUUGAUUCUUUGAGCUGGGAGGCAAAGCAGACUGAACUAGCGAUUGGUAUGCUGGCUGGAAACCUAUUUGAUUGGGGUGCUAAAGCAGUUGUACAGAUCAUGGAAUUGGAACAGUUUGGUCUCACGGAAGCAAGGAGGAGAAUACCAAAAAGACCCUGGGUGGAGGAUGGACUAGAUGCCUGGAUAGAAAGGUUGAAGGGGCCUCCCCAUAAGCAGGCUGCUAUCUUUGUCGACAACAGUGGUGUGGAUAUAAUUCUUGGAAUACUUCCUUUCACAAGGGAGCUGUUAUCAAGAGGAACCAAGGUAAUGCUUUGUGCUAACUCAGCACCAGCUCUGAAUGAUGUAACACAUAAAGAACUGGAAGUGAUUUUACAUCAGGCAGGCAUGAUAUGUCCAAAAAUAAAGGAGGCUCUGGAAGCUGGUAAUCUGGUUGCUAUGGAGACUGCACAGGCUGGACCUUGUCUAGAUUUAAGUCGACUGGAUAGUGGUCUUGCUAAAGCCCUUCAGAAUGUUGACCUCAUAGUAAUUGAAGGAAUGGGCAGAACCGUUCAUACCAACUAUAAUGCAAAGUUCAAGUGUGAAAGUCUGAAAGCUGCUGUUAUUAAAAACCAAUGGCUUGCCAAACGUCUUGGUGGUGAUAUGUUCGCUGUGGUUUGGAAAUAUGAAAAUCCCUCAUGAAAAUGUUUUUAUUACACUGAUAUUGGAAAUUUAAUAGACUGUUAUAUUUAAAUGUCUGUUAUAAAUAAAGUAUUAUUUCAAUUUUUAAAUUUAUAGUUGCACAGACACUGAGUUUGGAAAGUUAUAGUGUAAAACUAGCUGAUGUACCCGUCAUUGA